ACAAAUUCGGCCACCUGCGUAAUCGUGGCAGAGGGUAAGAACUGCUCUGCUGUCUACUCCCCCGAUCUCCUGAGGAGAUUCUCCUCCUCGGUAUUGAUCUCUCAGCUGCCCUCAACAGCACGUACCGCAGCCAUGUUCCGCCAAAACGCUCUUCUCGCCCUUGCCUUCGUCCCCUUUUCCUUUGCCCAGGUCUCCGAAGGCUUUGAAAGCGGCUGGGACCAGUCCGCAUGGCCAACAUACGCCCCUGACUGCAGCCAGGGCGGCAAAGUGAGCCUCGACAGCUCUGUCGCUCACAGCGGCAAGAACUCCAUCAGGGUCGAUGGUGCGGGCGGAUACUGUGGCCACAUGUUCUUUGGCACUACCAAGGUUCCCAGCGGUGAUGUCUACGUCCGUGCCUACGUGAGAGCGUCCAAGGCCUUCACAGACGCCCACGUCACCUUCAUCACUAUGCCCGAUUCAGCUCAGGGGGCGAAGAAACACCUCCGCAUUGGCGGCCAGAGCAAGAUCCUCAUGUACAACCGCGAGUCCGACGACGCCACUCUUCCCGACCUCUCGCCCCAAGGCAUUGCCACCUCGGCCGCCCUCCCCACCGGUAGCUGGCAUUGCUUCGAGUACAAGGUCGGCGCCGAUGGCUCGAUCGAGACCUGGCUGAACGGCAAUACCAUUUCUGGGCUGACUGUCAAGUCUGGAGUGAGCAACCCGAACGCGGCCCAGUGGCAGAGGAGCAGUAUCAAGCCCAGGCCGACUGCUAUUUACUUUGGUUGGGAGUCGUACGGUGGAGAUUCGAAUACCUUUUGGUACGAUGACAUCGCCGUCAGCUCGACCCGUGUUGGAUGCCAGUAA